AUUAAAUCUCCAGACCAAAAGAAGAAAGCCUUUACAGCAAUUAUUAUAUCUUAUUAUAUCUUAUAUGUGUUUAUGAAUAUAUUCACACAAGCACAAAUAUCCAGAUACACACACUAUACACCUAUUAAUUUAUUUUAAUAAAUAUAUAUAUAUAUAUACAUACAUACGUAUUAUGACCCUUCUUUUAACUGUUCCUGAAGCAGCAGCAUCUGCAGACACGAUCCAGUUCAAGCUGGUCUUGGGUGGUGAGGGUCAAGCAGAAUAUAUGGCCAAACAUCAACUACUCAAGGCUACCGCAUUUCGUUCAUUUCAACAGAUUAGUUGGCUGCAUGACGCACUAGGUCGCAACUUUCCACUCAUCGUAAUCCCGCCAUUACCAGAACCUCCUUUACUUGCCAGCAUGGAUGACCAAGACUACGUUGAACGAAAAAGGCUGCAGGUCGGCCGUCUGCUUGAAAAGAUUAUCAAGCGCAAAGUUUUAGCAGAUCAUCCUGAUUUUAUCCACUUUUUAUCCAGUGAUAUGGCACCAACAGAAAUCGGAAAACCCCACAGAGGUGUCCUGUCAUUUCUUAGAUUCAAUCGCAUCAAACCAUCCGAACGUGGAUUUACAGCCUACAAGGCAUCUCCCCCAGUCGAAGGAGAUGAUCAGGAAACAUAUUACAGGCACCAGAUCUACAUAUUAACCCAGGAAUCAUAUUAUGGAUCGAUUGCUGAAUAUCAGAACCAGAUCAUUCAACUCAGAGAAAGUCUCGGAGAUGGACUGGCACAAAUGGGAGACCAGGUUAUCGAGACAACUCAAAGCAAAUACAGACUGGGUGAGGGUAACCAAGAAAAGAGUAGAGAGGUUCAGCGUGGGCUGGAUCGUGGGAUGCAAGUAUUUGGUCUGCUGAUGGAUGAACUUGGUUUCAUCUUUACUCGCCAGGGUAAAGAAGAAAUAAUGAAAUUUGGAGACGUUAUGAUUGAAUACAAGAAUUUCAUGGACUCUCUAAAGAUUGUAUUUAAUGUGAGAACCCAACAUCUGAUAGAGUAUGCAGAAUGUGUCAAGCAUCGAAAUAAGAAAAAGGAAAGGUCAGAAAAAGUCAAGUCACGACUUGGACCUACUUCUGCUUCUCCUGAAGUUCAGUCAGCGAUUGUAGAAGAACAAGAGGCAACAGAUAUCUUAGAAAAGAAUAGGCUAAUGUUUGAUACUUGUCAGAAAAAGGUCACCAAUGAGAUGCGACUAUUCGAGUCACAAAAGAGACGUGACAUCAAGCAUGCGAUCGCAGAGAAUGUGCGCUUACAUUUACGUUACGAAAAGGCAAAACUCGAGAAUCUCGAAAAGGCUCUGGAGACAAUGAGGGCCAUCACACAACAGCCGGUCACAUUUGUUCAUCCGAUACUUCCUCUUUCGGACGAAGAGAUUCAUUCGAGUGCAUCUUCUGUGUCGUAUGCCACCUUUGAUACAACCCAGGCCAUGCGACGAAGUACUCGACGGAAGAGGCGGGAAAAGUCAAAAGUGGAGCCUCAUGUGCUCCAGUCAUCUGCGUCUCUCCCAACCUGGACAAGAAAACAGCCCCCAAAGCCUACUGCCAGUCAAUCCACAGUUCGAGUAUCGCCCUUUACUCAAUCUGAUGGUUCGCGUGUUCAUCUUUCGGCUUCGUACGAUGAACGGUUAGGAAAGAAGUGGAAAAGUACUUGAUGGGCUUAGUAUUGCCUAUCCUUUCUCCUUAUAUCGCCUCCUCCUCUUCUUCCCUUCUUCUUUUAUAUAUAUAUAUAUAUAUAUAUAUACACGCACACGU